GGCCAAGAGCAGCCACAGAACAAGUCUCUGCUGGUGAGGCCUCCACUACCGCCAGCACCACCACACCGCCCUCCUCCCCCUCCUGUUCUCUGUUCCCGCGCACAGCGCCCCCGUGCUCUCGGCCUCGGCCUCGGCCUCUCGCGCGCGCCACCUAUAAAUCCGUUUGCUCGCACUCGCCACCAUCUCCAACCCAACCACUGCAUCUCCGGCACCAGCAGUCUAGCUAGCUAGCUAGCUCGUUUGCUAUAGCUUGCCAGAUCCCCGUGACCAGCCGUAGCACACUCGCUGCCCUGUUAAUAUAAUGGAGUUCACCGUCGUCAGGACCGCCAUUGUUCUGCUUCUUUCGCUCGCCGUCUCCUCGACCUUCCUCUGCGGAGGCGUCCAGGGCGGCCGCCACUACCACUACCACCACACCACGCACACAAAGCACAACACCGCGCACCCACCGUCCGCCCACGCUCCGGGCCCAGCGAGCGGGAGGCGGCUACCCCCCGUCUCCCCGCCGCCGUCGGACUCGAGCGGCUACCCGACGCCUGGCGCCGCGCCGGAGCCAGCGCCGGCCCCCGCGGCAGCCGGCACCAUGUACGACGUCGUCAAGGACUUCGGCGCCGUCGGGGACGGCGUGACGGACGACACCGACGCCCUCAAGACCGCGUGGGACACCGCGUGCCAGGACGACGGGGACAGCGUCGUGCUCGCCGCCGCCGGGUACUCGUUUCUCGUGCACACCACCGUCUUCACCGGCCCGUGCCAGGGGAGCGUCACGAUUCAGCUCGACGGGGCGAUCGUGGCGCCGAGCGACCCCGACACGUGGCCGGCCAACAGCAAGCGCAACUGGCUGCUGUUCUACCAGGCCCACGGCAUGUCGCUGCAGGGCGCCGGCCUCAUCGACGGCAGGGGCCAGAAGUGGUGGGAGCUCCCCUGCAAGUCUCACAAGGGCCAGGGUGGAUCAAGCGGCCACGGUGCAUCCUGCGACAGCCCAGUGGCGCUGAGGUUUUUCAUGACCAACAACGUGACGGUACAAGGCCUCAAGGUGCAGAACAGCCCCGAGUUCCACAUCCGGUUCGACAGCUGCUGCGGCGUGGUCGCCAGCGGCCUGUCCAUCAGCUCCCCGGCGCUGAGCCCCAACACGGACGGCAUCCACGUCGAGAACACCGAGGACGUCCUCAUCACCAACACCGCCGUCUCCAACGGCGACGACUGCGUCUCCAUCGGCGCCGGCACCCGCAACAUGCACGUCGAGAACGUCACCUGCGGGCCCGGCGGCCACGGCAUCAGCAUCGGGAGCCUGGGCAAGCAGGGCUCGCGGGCGUGCGUGGCAAACGUCACGGUGCGCAACGCGGUCAUCCGCCACUCGGACAACGGCGUCCGGAUCAAGACGUGGCAGGGCGGCUCCGGCGCCGUCUCCUCCGUCUCCUUCGAGAACGUGCGCAUGGACGCCGUGCGCAACCCCAUCAUCAUCGACCAGUACUACUGCCUCUCCAAGAGCUGCGACAACGCCACCUCCGCGGUCUUCGUCUCCGGCGUCUCCUACGCCGGCAUCCGGGGCACCUACGACCCGCGCACCACGCCCAUCCACUUCGGAUGCAGCGACGCCGUGCCGUGCACCAACAUCACGCUCUCCGACGUCGAGCUUCUCCCCGCGUCCGGCGACAGUACCAUCGACAACCCCUUCUGCUGGAACGUGUACGGCAGCACCGCCACGCCCACGGUGCCGCCGGUGCCAUGCCUCAUAGAAGGCGUGCCCAGGAGAGUCGACGAUAACAGCACCCUCAAAUGCUACUAGAUAGCAGCUAGUGAUCGAUGAACGUCCUAUACAUAUGCAUCCGGCCUGCUACUACUUGUUUAUUAGAAGGAGAUGAGGCAGACGAACAGACAAAAGUAAUUAAGAUUAGUGCAGAUAAAAGGAGUUCAACGCGUAAUUGCUUAUGUAUGUAGAGAAAAAGAUGGAAAUGUAAUAGUAGUACUAACAAGUCAUUUGUGUAAGAACUAUACAUAUAGUGUUACCGGAAUAUAUACAAUGUUUUCAACUUUGGUAUU